AUGGCGAACAACAAUAAAGUUUAUAUAAAUCCAAAUUUUAAUAAAUUGUUUCCACCAAGUCCAUCAGCUACACCACCUACAGCCACGCCCCACAGUAAAUUAAUAAUGCACGUUAAUCCUAAUUUCUCGAGGCAAACUUUGUCACAUCAGAGCAAAAUAUACGUCAAUCCUAAUUUUUUGAAGGCUAAUAAUAGGUCAAAUGAAGUAGAUUUACUCUACUCCAAUAAAACUUUGGACAAUUUGCCACAAGUUAUUACAAGCGAUACGCAAAUUAAUAAGGUCCUAAUGCAACAACUUGUAUCAAAAACCAGAUACACUUUAGUCAGACAAAAUACUGACACAGUUAAGCGACAACCACCUUUAGCAGAAGCAGUUAAAUCAGCGACGACUAUAAAAAUCAAUAAGUACAAGUCUGUAGAUAUGAAAAAAUUUAAGAAGAAUUUAGAAGCUUCAAAGUAUUUAAAUAAAACGAAAUCGCUUCAAUCAGUUUAUAAUUUAUCAAAUGCGAAACAAACGGAUUCUACAGUUACCAAUCAAGAUCUUACAAAUACGCUUCAUUCGACACAAUUACGAUUAACUAAGUUUUAUAGAAAUAAAUAUAAAUUCUGUAAACCUGGCACCUCCACGAAAGUGAUAGAAACGAAAUCAUCAAAUAAAAGAUUUUCAAUUGAUAGAAAAUGGAGGAAUUCAAAAUUAAAAGUAAUAAAAGGUUUAAAAAAGAAUAACAUUCCAUGUCCAUUGUAUAAAAAAUAUGGCAAAUGUUUAAGAAGUAUUAAUGGUACUUGUGACUUUUUACAUGAUAAAAAACAUGUAUCUAUAUGUAGAAAGUUUUUAAAAGGUAUGUGCCAGGAAGAGACUUGUCUUUUGUCACAUGAUAUUUCUGCAAAAAAGAUGCCAACAUGUUAUUUUUAUUUAAAAGGCAUAUGCACAAAAGAUAAUUGUCCCUAUUUGCACGUAAAAUUAAACGAAAAAUCCAAAAUAUGCCAAGACUUUUUGAAAGGCUAUUGCGAGAGAGGCGAUAUGUGUUUUAAUCUUCAUACUGUGAAAUCAUACAAACAAACGAAAAAACCAGUAAACAGGUCAUUGAAUUCGUCAUCUCAUGUGAUAAAAAAGAAAUCAAACAGUGUUUGUAAAUCCAAAGCAAUGAAUAAGAACAUAAAAAUUAAUGCCACAAAAGCAGACACCUCUGAAGGUGAGAACUCUGAACCAAGAAAUAGUGAAUGUAGAUAUUACAGUGAAUUAAUAGUUAAGUCAGAAAAUAACAAGGCACAUGAUGCUUUUAAACCAUCAAGGUGUAAGUUAGGUAUUUUGCCAUCUUAUAUAAAGUUGUGA